AAUAAAACAAAAUAAAGCGGAAAUAAUAAUAAUAAUAAGCAGUAUAAGGAAAAUAUUUGCGAAAUUCUUUAAAUUAUGGAACAAAACACAGAGCAGAAACAGCAUUGCCAACAAAUACAGCAGCAGCACUCACUGAUGGGCCUACCGCCAUUACCGAAAAGUCUCAGCGUCGCAGCUGCGACCACAUUGGGACCUGGUGUAGGGGGAAUUGUCACCAGGCAUGGGCAGACCCAGGCACAGAUGCAGAUUCACCCACAAAUGCGCUCGCAAUCGUCAUCACCAAUGCAAGCUCAACCUGCUGCUUCGGCUAAUGCUGUUGCCGCAUUGACUUCUGCUACUGGUGAUCUGUAUCUAGGUCCAUCCACCUCGUCAGCAGCCAUGACGGGUAAUAGACAUCGCAACUACAAUGGCCACGGCCGUCAUGGAAGCUUGUCAUCCACACAAGAGUCCCUUAGUGAUCGCGAGAGCGUACACAGUCGAGCUUCGUCUACACACAGCGCAAACGGGGCUGCAAUGCAACAACAGAAAUCGCACACUCCCACGCCCAGCAACGAUAGCUCCAGCACUAUUGAUAAUCAGCUAGCCAUACUUCGCCGCGAAAUGUACGGAUUACGGCAAUUGGACCUGUCUCUUCUAUCGCAACUAUGGGCGCUCAAUGAGUCCAUACAAGGAUUUCGAGUGUUUCUUCAGGAGCAGGAUGCAUUGUCGCCACCGUCGCGAUCACGAACCCCAUCUGAUGCCAACUCACUUUCAUCUGAUGAGGAAGAUGGCUCCUAUGCACCAGUUGGUGCUCCAAAGCUGAGCACUCUGUCAGCUCCUAAUGUAGCGCUUUCGUCGCCAGCGGCUAGUGUCGGUUUACCAACAAAAUUAGCCACGGGCUCUACCACUUCGCAUACGUCAACCAGUUCGACCUCCGGAGCCUCCGGGUCCUCGUCUGCUGCGUCUUCGAUGGGCAAGCAUCACCAGCAGCAUCAGCUCCAACAACAGCAGCAUAUGCCUCAUUAUCAUCAUAAACGAUCGCUACCGCCGCCAGCACCACCCGCUCAGCAUAAGGCGCAUCCUCAAUUACCGCGUAUACUGCAGCAACGAAUGAGGCAUGCUCCACCGCCGCCACCACCCACUCGACCCAAAAGCAGCGGAGGUGGUGCAAGUAGCAGCAGCAGCAAUCACAGUAUCAGCAGCGUCACGCAAUUGCAACAGCAUGCGCAGCAUCAGAGGCCCGUAUGACAAAACCCGUUCUUGGA